CUCUCUCUCUCACUUCUCUUGAUCAAUUUAGAACCUUGUCUUGCUCUCUUUCUCUCUACAAAUCUGGGUUCGAUUUGAACCGUCUUGCUCUCUGAAUCUCACACUCUUCACUGUCAUGUCUCAUUUUCUCUCCUCCCCAUUUUCACCACUCCUCAUCGCUAUUAUCGCAUCUCUCCUCUGCUCCUGCGUUGUUGAAUCGGCGCCUGAUGGGGCCGAGGUUCUCCGCUUUCCUGGUUUUGAUGGCCCUCUCCCCUCUAAGCAUUACGCGGGGUAUAUCACUUUGGGAAAUCAAGUAAAUAAAAAGCACUUGUAUUACUACUUUGCCACUUCAGAGCGUGAUCUCUCAAAAGAUCCAGUUGUAUUUUGGAUUAAUGGUGGUCCUGGUUGUUCAGGAAUGAAUGCUGUUGUAUACUUACUUGGUCCUUUCAAGAUUGACAAUGAUAGAGAUUAUAUGAAACAUGGGGUGAAAGUGAAAUUGAGUCCUUUCUCUUGGACCAAGGUGUCCAGCAUUGUAUAUGUGGAUUCACCUGCCGGUACUGGAUUCUCUUACGCCGACAACAGUGAUGAUUAUGAAACAGAUGAUUCCAAGACUAUUGCUGAUCUAUAUGAAUUCAUUUUAAAGUGGUACCGUGCAUACCCCGAAUUCUUGUCUAAUCCACUUUAUGUUGCUGGAAGCUCAUAUGCUGGAGUUUAUGUUCCAGUUUUGUCUCUAGAAAUUGCGAAAGGAAUAGAAGCAGGGGCGAAACCAAAGUUAAAUUUCAAGGGUUACUCAGUAAGCAAUGGGCUUACUGACUCUACCAUUGAUACCAAUUCUGGGGUUACUUUUGCACAUCGAGUUGGACUCAUUUCAGAUAAGUUAUAUAAUGAUUUAAGAAUAUCUUGUCAAGGGAAUUACUGGAACUCCAGCGACCCUGAUUGUCUUAGGAACAUGGCAGCUUAUCAGGAGAAUACUGGCGGGAUAAAUCGGUAUCAUAUUCUUUGCCUACCUUGCCACUAUGAAAUGGGCAUUAGCAGCCGUAUUAGCUAUGAGGAAAAGGAGCACAAAAUUGACUGUCCAGGAACAACUAUUGGAGGAGCUUUGGAAAAUGUAAAUGCACAUCGUCGCCUCCAGGACAGACAUCCUCAAGACAGUAUCUACUGCUAUGAUUAUAGUAACCGGCCUGUGGUGUUGUUCAACUCAGAAUCUUCAAGGAGGGAUUUGCAUGCACAGCCGGAAGAAAUUGCUGGAAGGUGGAUAAGGUGCACCAAACGUCUCAAAUAUCGAAAGGAAAAGAUCAGUGUGAUCCAACAUCAUUUGAAUCUCACAUUGAAAGGUUAUCGGGCCUUUAUUUACAGUGGUGACCAUGAUAUGGCUAUUUCAUAUAUUGGAACUCUGGAGUGGAUAGGAACAUUGAAUUAUGCAGAGCUGGAGAGUUGGCAACCAUGGUUCGUAGGGGACCAAAUAGCAGGGUAUACUAUUCGCUAUGAGCAUAAUUUACUAUUUGCCACAGUGAAGAGAUGAGGUGACUGUUCAACAGGGUGCUGGGCACACGGUCUCAGAAUAUAUGCCUCGUGAAACACUUGCGGCCUUCCAACGAUGGAUUGAUGGUGCUGAGUACCUCUAAAUGCAUUAUCUUUUGGAAAUUACUGUGUAAUAAGUGCCCUCCAUUUGAGCAACUGUUAUUUAAGUGCAUGUUAUUGGUUUGUACCUGUUUUGUAUGGGAACACAUUGUAAAUGUCUUAGAUGGAUAGGGCAAACAAGUGUUAUCUAUGAACAAUGGGACCUUGUAAAUUUCUGAUUUUUGUUUGGGUUGCCAAAUAUUAUUGAAGGUGUGGAUCUUUCUAAAAUAGUCCUGCUUGUCUGAAGUGCGAAAUAACUUUUUGGCCAUGAAGUUGUGCACACAGCCAUGGAUGUUUGAGUUCAGCAAAGAAGCCAGUUGGGUUUUCAAAUCAUGAAAGAACAGGGAAACCCAUCGUUGCAUCGUAAACCAGACCACUAGAUUGCUAACUCAAUUAUCUGCAUGAGGCGUUCGGAUUCUCUAUUGGGGUUUGUGGAUUUGCACUUGGGAUUGACUCACAUUUGACACCCGAAUGGUGUGAUCAGUUGAGAUAAUGGCUGUUAGAGGCUUCUCCUGUUCAUCAAUUGCAUAUAGUUCUCCAUCACUCUAGUUGUGUAUGCCACUCAGUUGUUCGGGUCAUUUGGUGUAUAUUUGUGUUUUCAUUGUAUAUAAUGUGGCUGGAGCAGUAGUCUUUUUGCCUGA